AAGGACGCAUGGAACUCCAGUGAGCAAUAUGCUCCUAACUCCCUUAGGCUCCUUUGAAAAUCUCUGUAUCCAAAGCGACUCAGCAUGGCAAGGUGCAGGUGAGUGCAGAUCUCAUCAGCAGAGUUGACCAUGGUGGAGUCCCAGGAUCGCAAAAGAGCUCCAGCAUGGGCGGAAUGGGAGGUAUGGGAUCUGCUCGCUGUAUGGGGAGACGAAUCUGUGCUAGCUGAACUCUGUUCCAGUAAACGAAAUGCCAAAACUUUGGAAAAAGUCUCAAAGAGCAUGAAGGACAGAGGCCAUAACAGGGACACAAAGCAGUGAGUGUGAAAAUUAAGGAGCUAAGGCAAGCCUACCAAAAAAACAGAGAGGUAAAUGGCUGCUCUGGAUCAGAACCCCAGACAUGCCGCUUCUACGCUGAGCUGCAUGCCAUGCUAGGGGUGGAGCCAACACUAUCCCAACCCUGUGCUUUGACACCAUCAACGGAGAAUCACGCAACACGGAGGUGGGUUUUGUGGAUGAUGAAGAUGAUGACGAAGAGAUUGAAGAUUGCUCACAGCAAGGAAGUGGAGAAACCAGUUUCCCCAACAGCCAAGAUAUGUUUCUCACCCUGGACCUGGAGCCAGUACCCCCGAACCCACCCAAGGCAUGCUCAUGGACCCUGUAGGCAGAGAAGGGCCCUCUGCAGCUGCAAAUGUUUCUCCUUCGCAGAGGCUAGCAAAGAUUAGACGGCGAAAAAAACGCAUUCGGGAUGAGAUGUUCUCAGAGCUACUGCAGACCUCCCAGACUGACAGAGCACACCAGAAUGCAGAGAGGCAGAUGAUGUCAGAGUGCAGGAAAGCGCAACAGGAAUGCGAGGAGAGCUGGUGGGCUAAAGAGGUGGUCCUGGACAGAGCCAAGAUCCAACAGCCGUGGUCCUCAGAAGUUUUGGAUGGAGACGAAUUGAACCUGACCUGCUCCCACCAUGCCACCAAGGCGAGUGACAGCACAAUCUGGUACCAGCAGCUCCCAAACCCGAUACCCCAGUUUGCACUUACCGGAUACAAGGAAACCAUUAAUAGCCCCGAACCGAAGGGAGCUCUAUACAUGUCCGCUGACAAAGUGUCCGGCACCCUGGCCCUGCACCGUGUGAGGCUGGUGUAUUUCUGUGGUGUGGUGUGGUGUAUUUCUGUGAUCGGAGCAGCAUGAUGUGAUAACCAGGGGGCAGCCCCCCGGCAAUAAAUAUCCCACCCCUACUCCAGGGCUGAGUGUGUGUGUGGGGGUGGUGUGAGCAGAAGGUGAGGAACUCUUCUGUGGAUGUGGGGGAGAGGGAGGACCAGGGAGAACAAAAAGGGAGGAAUAAAACAAUUAGGACCAAAUUUACAAAAAUGUCUCUAUGCGCCUAACUAUUUACGCAUGUGACUACUGAGAUGUGGUACUUUGGAAAAUUUCUAAGAAAGUCCGCCUUAAGAGGGAAUGAAGAACAAUAAAGGGAAGAGUAAACCAUGGAAGUAAAUAAACUUUUCCAAGACAUCAGCAAGCACAUUAUCUAGCUGGAUAGAUAUGUUAUCUAUCUAUCCAACUAUCUAUCACCAUAUACCUCCAUCUCUCUCUCUCACUCCCCAAUGCACCCCAUCUAUCUAUUUAUUAAUUACUAGGCAGCAGACAAAUCAAACACAAAGAAAUAUUUCUUCACACAACGCACAGUCAACCUUUGCCAGAAGAUGUUGUGAAGGACAAGACUAUAAGAGGGGUCAAUAAAGAACUAGGCGCUUCGGGCAGAGCCGAGAUCCGGCAGCCGCGCUCCGCAGAGCCCUCGGAGGGAGCCGAACUGAACCUCACCUGCUCUCUCG